UUCCACUUUUGAUUUGGACGUUUUGACAGUUGCAUUAUUUCACCACGAGUGGAACUAUGUGACCACCAUGUUUGUCUCGGACAGCGGGAUUGAUUUAAGAGGAGAAAGAGACUUUUCAGCGACAUGUCAAACCACGAGAGGAACAAGAAGAUGCUGCUGGAGCUGCUGAAGCGGCCGGAGAACAGCCGCUGCGCUGACUGCGGAGCCCCCGAUCCAGACUGGGCCUCCUACAAACUGGGUGUGUUUGUGUGUCUGAACUGCUCUGGGAUCCACCGCAGCCUGUCCAGCCGGGUCAAAUCCAUCAAGCUGGACUUCUGGGAGGAUGAACUGGUGGAGUUCAUGAAAUCCAACAACAAUGCCAGCGCACGAGCUCUGUACGAGAAGGCUGUUCCAGCGUACUACUACCGGCCUCAGGAAGGAGACUGUCCAGUCUUAAGGGAGCAGUGGAUUCGGGCUAAAUAUGAAAGGACAGAAUUUAACGGAGAAACCAAGUACCCACCAAUCUCCUACACAACAGGUUUCUAUGAAGGGAUGCUGUGGAAGAAAGGGAAAGAGAACACACAGUUUCUGAAGAGGAAGUUUGUUCUGUCAGAGAGAGAAUUCACCCUGACGUACUACAACAGGGAGAAUGAGUCCAAAGGCCCGAAAGCUGUGAUCCCCAUCAAGGACCUGAACGCCACCUUCCAGCCAGAGAAGAUGGGUCAUCCUCACGGGCUGCAGCUCACCUACCAGGACACCGACCACACCAGGAACCUCUACGUCUACCACGAGUCUGCUGAGGAAAUAGUGACGUGGUACAACGCCAUCCGAGCUGCUCGCUACGCGUACCUGAAGACGGCGUACCCGACCGGAAGCGAUGAGGAACUGAUACCAAAGAUAACAAGAAACUACCUCAAAGAGGGAUACAUGGAAAAGACCGGGCCAUCGCAAAAGGAGGCGUUCAAAAAGAGAUGGUUUAUUUUGGACUCUCAAAACAGGAAGUUAUUCUACUUCAAAGGCCCGCUGGAUGCAGAGGAGUUAGGGGUGAUUUUCAUCGGCACGGAGAGCAAAGGUUACUCUGUGAAGGAGUGGGUCCCGCAGCACGCUCGGGGAAACAAAUGGAAGUGUGGUGUGAUGGUGGAGACGCCCGAGAGGAAGUUUGUCUUCAUGUGUGAGCAGGACAGGGAGCAGAGAGAGUGGCUGGAGGCCCUCAGACAGGUCCUGUCCCGGCCCAUGUCCCCGCAGGAUUACACCGCUGAGGCCAACGUCAAGUAUAAAAGAUGAAGUUCAGAGAGGCGUGUCUGCAGGAAGACGGGGAGAAGACUGGACUGUUUAGAAACACAAGUGUCUGAUCUACUGUACGACAGAUGAACAAUGAUCUGCUGUCAUGGCUCUGUACCAGUACUGACUCUCAUCUUGAACCAGGACUCUGACUGGACUCAGGGCCAUGGUCUGGAUUCAUCCACUCCCUUUAACUGACACCAGAUCUGAUGCUCAUCACAGGCCGAAGACAAUACUUUAUCAUUAUGUAAAAUCCUACAAAACAUCCCAUCAGGAGAUCAACACUGGUAUAUUGAAGCAGAAGAUUUGUUACAAUUGCUGCCUGUUAUCAUACAUAUUUUUAUGAUG